UCUCCCCUGAGGGCGCGGCGGGGCCGUGUGGGGCUAUGGCGGUGCUGGUCCUGGUCCGCUCUCCGCUGCCGCGGCUUCGCGCCCUGCUGCAGCGCUGCUGGGGGCGGCUGGAGCGCGGCCUCGGGCCGGGUGUCUUCGGGGGCCGGAGCCCGCCCUGGGGACCAGCACUAGCUGUGCAAGGUCCAGCUCUUGUUCCACAAGGGAUCAGUGACGCUGAGGCACGGAGCCCGCUGGAGAGCGUGGUGUGGAUGGCGGCGCCCAAGCAUCGGCGCACCAUCGAGGUGAACCGCUGCAGGCGGAGGCAUCCCAGCAAGCUCAUAGAAAUAAAGAGGAAUAUAGAUGUUUGUCCUGAAUGUGGAAACUUGAAGCAGAAACACGUCCUUUGUGGCUAUUGUUACGCAAAGGUCAAAGAAGAAACUCGACUGAUACGGAUGGAAAUAUACAAGAAAGAAGGAGAACCAUUUAAUGCUCCAACUGUAGAGACUGUUGUCCUUUAUGAAGGAGAAAAACCCACAGAAAAAGAUGAAGGAAAGCGGAUCAUCGAAAGAGCCAGGAAGCGUCCAUCUUGGUUUGUUCAAAAUUGAUGCUGUAGAAUUAAUGGUAGCCAAAACAGUUCCUGCAGGAAGAGAAUUCAUGAUUUUCAAGAAUGUUUUUCUCGUUCACUCAGUGGGAACAGAGCUCCUCUAAACUUUUGGGAAGCCCACUUGAAUUUUGUGUCAUGAUUUUCCAGUCAGAUGUUGUUUCUCCAGCAUGCAGUGGGAAAUGCUUCUCAGUGAUACAUCACAGCAUCAAGAGAGAAAUCAGGAUCUGCCUUGGAUUUGGAUAUCUGCAUACCAUACUCUGAACAACUUGUAUGCUAAUGUUCUAUGCUGGUUUUGUAAGUAACAGCUUUUAAAUUCACAGAUGUACAAUAAAGUUUGUUAAGUGUCCCAGGGAAA